UCUCUCCACUCUCCACCAUAACUCUCUCUCUCUCUCUCUCUCUCUGUUCUUGCUCUGUUCUUGCUCUGUUCUUCUCUCUACUCUGUAUUUUCCCCUUCCUCCUCAAUUCCUCAACCAAUUCCCCAAAUUUCCCUUCUUAAACUUUCAAUCUUUCUUAGACAAGAAUUGGGUCGGUUUCUGUGUUCUUGUAGAUCCCAAUUUGAAGAAAGAGAAAACCCGAUUUUAGUAAGGAUAAAAACAGAGUACUGUAAUUGUUAUUGAGAUGACGAACCAGAAUGUGGUAAUUUCCAACUCGGAAUCCGGCAUCAACAUGUCCAUCACCGUCGCAGUCUCUAACUCCUCCAUUUUCGCCACCACUGCCCAAAAACCCCCACCGGCUCCUGGCGGUUGUGGCGGUGGCGGUGGCUACAUCUCCAUUUCCCGUACAAAGAUUCUCAAAGACCUGGAUGUUAAUGGCGGAUGGAUUGAAUCAAUGAGAGCCUCCUCUCCCACCCAUGUUAAAUCUCUCUCUUCCCUCUCCGCCGCCGACGACCAUCACCAUAACUCUUGGACUCUUCAUCAUCCGUCGGCACUGGACAUGUUCGAUCAGAUAAUUGAGGCUUCCAAAGGGAAACAAAUCGUGAUGUUCUUGGAUUACGAUGGAACUCUUUCUCCAAUUGUUGAGGAUCCCGACAAAGCCUUCAUGUCGGAAGCCAUGAGAAAGACGGUGAAAAAGCUCGCUAGCUGCUUUCCGACCGCCAUCGUGAGUGGCAGAUGCAGAGACAAGGUGUACGGAUUCAUACAACUGUCGGAGCUUUACUACGCCGGCAGCCAUGGCAUGGACAUUAAAGGCCCAACAAAAAGCUCCAAAUCCGAGGUUGUUCUUUUUCAGGAUAAUAAAGCCCUCCUCUUCCAACCAGCUAGCGAAUUUCUUCCCAUGAUAGACGAGGUUUAUCAAAAAUUGGUAGAGAAAAUAAAAUCAACUCCAGGGGCUAAAGUGGAGAACAACAAAUUUUGUAUCUCAGUGCAUUUUCGCUGUGUUGAUGAAAAGCAAUGGAAUAAUUUAGCACAAGAAGUUAAAUCAGUGGUUAAAGAUUACCCAAAGCUCCGACUAACUCAAGGAAGAAAGGUACUAGAAAUCCGCCCGACCAUUAAGUGGGACAAAGGCAAGGCGCUCGAGUUUUUGUUAGAAGCGCUAGGGUAUGCAAAUUGUUCUAACGUGUUUCCUAUUUAUAUUGGAGAUGAUCGUACGGACGAGGAUGCGUUUAAGGUUCUAAGGGAAAGAGAUGAAGGGUUUGGGAUUUUAGUGUCUAAAGUUCCUAAAGACACUCAUGCUUCGUAUUCUUUGCGAGAACCUUCCGAGGUUAUGCAAUUUUUACAACGUUUGGUGCAUUGGAAGCGACCACCUUUGCUAAGAAGACAUUGUAGGGUUUGAAAGGGCAGUCUUGGAGGGAAUGUUUUGUGUUUGAGUGUGGGGGUGGGGGGAACUCUUAUGUAAUUUGCUUGUUGUGUAGGGGUUAUAUUAGUCCAAAAGAAAAAUAGGAGAAGGGGAUGUGGGGAAAACUAGAAAAAUUGUAACUUUUUUUUCUUGGCCUUAGUGCCCUUCUUCUACUACACAUAUCUAUAAACUAACUGUGUUUUAAGACCAAAAAAAAAACAUAUAUGGUAACGUAGCCAUCUUUGUCUCUCGAAAAAU